UUCUUUCGAGCCAAAGUUUUCCCUUUUGAACUCGCCUCUCCCUCUCCCUUUCCCUCUCUCGUCGGUUGCAGAAGCCGAACAAGCUUCCUUCUCAGGAGAUAAUUUGAAAUCGUUAUUUGGUUGAAGCUCUUCAAGUGUUCUAAAUGAUUGAUAGCAAGUUGAACAGCGGUGGGAUGGGUAGCUGCGAAACUCAUUUGUCUAUGUAUAAGAGCAAGCAGUCUCCAAUUGCAAUGAAAAAGGUUGCUUUAAGAGAUGUGCAGAAUGAUAAUAGGAGUGUCGUGUAUAACUAUUCUGAAACUUCCUGUUCUUUGGGCGGCAAACUUGUGAAUGGGAGUAAGGUUUCAGGAAGUAAGAGAUCCAACCCGACAUGCUCACCGAGCUCUGCAAUCCAUCAAUCCUUCAAGGGGAUUGGGGUAACUGAGCAUAUCAUUUAUGCCAACGGAGAAGUUGAUGUGAAGCCUGGCAAAAAAAGAGCAUUGGGAGGUAGCACAUCUUGUGCACCCGCAUUUUCUUCUCUUGCAGCCUCUCCGAUGGCGUUUUCACCUGUUAGGUCUUCACUUCCCAUUUUCACAGAAAAGCCUGGUAAUUUUCUAGCAGUUACUGGAUCCAAUCUUCUGGGAAUCCCUCCUGGUUUGGAGAUUCUUCACUCUGUUGAUUCAAAUGGGAUUACUGAUGAGCAGAGAACAGAGCGUUUAUUCAAUCUUCAGAAUCUCCUAAAACAUUGUGACGAGUCGGAUCAAAAAGGCUUUAUCGAGUUGCUCCAUGGUUUACCUCCCUCUGAGCUCAGCAGACUUGCCAUUAAUCUGGAAAAGAAAUCCAUGCAUCUGUCAGUAGAAGAAGGGAAAGAGAUCCAACGGAUGAAGGCUUUGAAUAUUCUGGGCAACCUUCAGUGACAUCCGAAAGAAGCUUUGUUAGAACUAAAUGAGAGGGCCAUUUUCCAUUUCUGCCAUGGUUGCACGACAGGACAAACUUGUUGAUUGCUUGGUACAACAGCCGGCUGUAACUUCGAGCAAACCAGCAUUCCAUGAGAGCAGGCAGGGUAUCAUUUCCAUAGAGCUUUCCGUUCUGGAGUUUGAUUUGGGCAACAAAGUGUUGCUACUGCCAACAACAUGAAACUCCACCUGCAGGUUAGUUUGGAUAUGAAGCAAAAACAAUAAAUUACGUAAGAAUCCAUUGUACUCUUUAAGUUUGAACAAUUUGGAAAGGCUUUUGGAAGAUUUCUUUUCAUAUAACAAAAUGUUUUAGUGAGAGAAGUAUGUGCUGAGUUUAUUACACUUUGUAAUCCAACAUCCUAAUCAGUCCAAUUACCAUAAAAUUGUUGUCUUGGUCUUUAAUUUUCUA